GUAAAAUCUAGCGAGAAGCAAACUUCAAACAGGAAUAUCAGAGCGGAAGAGAUUAACAGCGUACACGACGAACGGACCGUUGGAAGCUCCGUUUGGCAUGUGGCAGUAUUCAACCAUCGCAGCAAUCGACACACCUACGUGAUACAUUGA